UCUCGAUUCAGUUGAAAGUCUUAACUUUCUUUCAUCAGAGUUUGAAAAAGCAUGGAACCAUUUCAGCGACAAGUAGAUGAGCGCAACCCUUUGAUACCAGGAUAUACAGGCUACAUCCCUUAUAGAUUCUACCGAAUUGGAACUAGCUUCGGAAACGAUUCUGUGUGGUGUGUGAAUGCGUUUCGUGAGGCUACUCAGAGAAAAUGUGACCAAAUGGAAGAAAUGAGGCUCACAGCGGCUACAGCACCCCAGCUGCCACCUAUUUGCACGAAUGAAGAAAUAAUAAACGCACUUGAUGACUAUAAUAGCAAACACCAUCCAAAUGUGCUGGGGCCUGUGGAAACAAAAAGGAGUCUACUUGAGCCACCUAUUCCAGGCUGGACUGGCUUUGUGCCCAGGUCUAAGGUUACAGAGUUUGGUCACGGAGCUCGCUACCAUGUGAUGGCAGAAAAUUGCUAUCGAGAUUUUCAGAACUCCUUGGACAGAGCCAAGCAGGAUCCUGCUACCAAGGAAUCCAUGAAAGAGAGCCCUGCAACCAAACUCAAAGAACCACGCCCAUACCAGAGAUUCUACAGGCCGGAAGGAAUGAUGCCUAAGUAUACUGGACAUAUUCCACAUGAACGUUCUGGCAUCGGAAAGACCUUUGGUAAUGUGAGCAGAAGCUGUUCUGUCUGCAAUCACCCGGAAGUGAGCUAUGGCACUUAUCUUGAUAAGAAACGGAAGGCUGUAAAGUGUCAAGAACCGAUCAAGGAAGAAAAGAUCCCCUUAACUGCAGCAGACAAUUAAAAAUAUACAGAAAUACCAGAGAUUAUAUGAGAACAAUCCUAUCAUGUUGUUUGCUUAACCACUUGGAUCUCUUACUCACAAGUAGGACCCUGGUAGAGACACAUGCCCCACUGGCAUGUUCCC